AUGACACUGAACAAAGCUAUCUCGGAAACAGCCUCUUGCAAUACCACCAUUAUUACUACCGAAGGAAAGGUGGGCUCGAUCGUUGUGCACGAUGGACCACGCCCUACACAGCAACCAAUGGCUGCUUGGAAGUCGGGAGCAGAGGGACGCUGGGGCUGUGGUUGCCGCACUCGAGAUGGCGUUGCACGAGAACAGGAGAGGUAG